GCGAGUGAUUUGUGGCUGUUGCGAAGAAGCAGUUCGUUGUGGUUGCAAAAAAAGUAAGCGUUUGUGCUAAAGCCGGUGGAAGAGGAAGCAAUUUUUUUUAAAAAAAGAAAAAUCUUCUAAGAAGGACUCUCCAAAGCAGCUCUCAAACAACCAAAAAGUACAAAACCAAAUCCAAAUUAAGACCCUAAAAGAAAUACUAAACUUUAAGAUGCAUGCUGGGAGCACCACAACGAUUAUAAAAUAGCAACCCACUUUUGAUAUUUUGAAAUCAAAAUUUCUUGUAUGCUUGAUUCCUCAUUGCUGCCCUUCCUAGGUAGAGAAUGGCUACCACUGAGUCUCAACUUCAUCUUGAUUUAGAAACUAACUAUGCUGAGGUCGUCAUAUCAGUCGGGAAAGUAACUUUUGGUGAGCUCCAAAGAAACAAGAAGUGUCCUAAAGAAAUGCAAAGGAAUGCUCUAGGGGAAAUUGAAAAUGAAAUACCCUUGAAUGCCAAGACGGGAACUGUGGAAGGGAAGAAGGAGGGAGAUGAACAGAGGAAGCUAAAGGAGAAACAGGACGAUGUGCUUAAACUCAUGCGGGCAGCAUGUGCUUUGCUCAACUCGGGCGGAGGCGUGAUACGGGCAUCGAUUGCAAACCAAGGCUACUCUUCCGUUCGAGAUGGAAUCGGUCAGGACAUCCAAAAAGCCUUGCAGGAGUGUAUUCAUUUUGAAGAAUUAUCUGAAUAUUUUGACUUUAUUGAGGAAGGCCAUCACAUGAUGAUUUGGGUGAAGUCAUGGAGCAGCGCAAAUUCCUCCAAGCCACGGAUUUGUAGCGUGGCAACUGGUUUGCACCAGCGGAAUGGAGAAUCUGCUGUGAAGCGGAAGGAUUUGACCUUUCUGAAAGAGAAGCUAGCUUCUGCCAAGCGUGAGCCUAAAGAUCAGACGAGUCCUAAGAGGCCCCGUCUCCUGAAUAACAUCCAGGGUUCAGCAGGAGUCGCCGUAGAAAUGGUAGACGGCAUGCAGGAGGCUGCAGCUCAGUUUUUCAGUCGAGACCAACUGGAGUAUGGAGAGAUCCUGGAUUUCUCUGAGUGGACAGUGGCUGAGUUUAAGGACUUUGCAAGAGACAAGGACAUCUGUGAGUUUGUUAGAAUCACUGUACCACGCUAUGCCUCUGCUUUUGCAAACAUAAAAGGGGGAUACUUAAUUUUUGGUGUGGACAAUUUUCGGACAGUUGUUGGGUAUAAAUGCAAUGUAAAUCCAACCCAAGUGAAAGAGGUAGUUGCAACAGUCAUGGACACUAUCCCCUACUUCCCUUUACGUGGUUCUAAGCCAAAAGUUGACUAUGAAUUUAAAGCCCAGGCUGUUUAUGAUAAAUAUGGAGAGGGACGUGGUUAUGUUUUUGUUGUGAAAAUCAAGUCAUUCGAUGGCAUUGUCUUUUCGGAAAAGCCUGAUUCGUGGACUGUGGAGGGUGACCAGCUGAAGAGAUUUGAGAUUGCUGAAUGGCUUCAAAUGAUGACAGCAGAAGACCCAGAUCUUUCGAAGCUGGCUGAGCAAUUCACAACAGAGCUGAGUCUGUCGGACGGGCCUCCGAUGAUCAAGCCGGUGUAUUCAGUCCGAGGUCUGGACAGUUUGGAUGUGCUGUGGAGAAAGCUUUUUCCAGCAGAGUCCAACGGGAUGACGUUUGUUCCCCAGCCUCUCUGUGACAAGUUAUUCUUGGAGUAUCCAGGGCUGAAAGCUUUGCUAGAAAGGGAAAUUCAGACAUCAGUUCAAGGAAUAUUGAUGUUUUCAAGAAGCUGGGCUGUGGACAUUGGGUUGCCCAAGAACCGGGCCAUUGUGUGUGAUGCGUUUGUGAUGGCUGUCGGACACUAUCCUGUCCUUUACACUAUAGUUGAGAAUCCCACCUCUGAUGUGUUUGAACAUUCAAGACGCACAGCCAGAUCGCUAAAGCAGAAGCUGGUGAAUAUCGGAGGAUACGCUCAAAAGAUCUGUGUGAUUCCAAAGAUCUUGAAUCUACAUCAUAACAAUUUGCAGAAUGCUGGAGACGAGAGGUUGAAGUACCCCAAAGACUACAGCUUGUGGCAAGAACACCUACCCAGCUUACAGAAGUCACUUGCAACAGUCUUGCUUGGCUUCACUUCCUUUUUGAGUGACUUCAUUGGAGUGGAGUUUCUCAAUCUCUUGACCCUUGAACAAUAUGAAAACCUCUCCAAGAGACUUGAUGAGACCAGGCUCCACUUUAUAUAUGGCAUCCCCGGAAGUGGGAAAACAGUGGUGGCUUUGAAGAUUAUUGAGAAAAUAAAGAACGAGUUUGGCUGCCAACCCCAUGAAAUACUCUACAUUUGUGAAAACAAGCCACUGCGGGAUUUUGUUGGGCAGAAAAUGUACAAUGCAGUGACGAGAACUACAUUUAUGAAGGAAGAAUUUCCGAAUGUGAAACACAUUGUGGUUGAUGAAGCUCAGAAUUUCCGAGUGGAGAACGGCCAGUGGUAUAAGAAAGCCAGCAGCAUUGUCACUCGUGACCCUGAAAAUCCAGGGAUCUUCUGGAUCUUUUUGGACUACUUCCAAAUGAGUCACCCUUAUGAAACCGGCCUCCCACUUCCAACACAACAGUAUCCAAAGGAUUUUCUUACCAAGGGAGUCCGGAAUGCCUCUAAGAUCUAUGAAGUUGUGAGAUUAGAGAUGGAAAAAAUAGUUCAGACCAAGUGCUUAAAUAUUCCUUACCCACAACUAAAAAAGCUGCUAGACAGAGCAUGCUGCAGUAAUUCUGUGACUGGCCAUUGCCUUAUAAAGCCCGAGCUGGAGGUGCAGGAGAUGGCGCGUUAUGUGGCCAGACAGUGUCAGAUCUACCUGGACAGAGGCUACUCCAAGAAAGAUAUUGCAAUUCUGUGCAGCACAAAAGAACUAGUUUCGAAAUACCUGCAUGUUUUCAAACAGGAGAUGAGAAAAUGCCACCUUGAUUUUUGUUUUGCACAAGCCAAUGAAAUACUGAAAGACGAGAUUGUCUUCGACAGCAUUCGCCGUUUUUCCGGCCUUGAGAGGACCAUCGUGUUUGCUAUCAACCCAAUCUCUUCGCAGCAGGAGGUUUCGCACAACCUUUUGCUCUGCGCAGCCUCCAGAGCUAACAAACAGCUUCAUUUGCUGUAUGCAAAGGAGCAAGUUCUGUAAUUAAAAAAGGAUUAGAUAAAUGGAACCCCCAUGUUCAGAGAUAGUAUAUCUCUGAUUACCCAACGCUGUUGAGGCAUCAAAAGGGCUUUGUGUGUUGAUCGAUGAUAUUUUGAGAUGGGCAAAUCCAAAGCCUUUACUCUGAUUAAAAACUGUGUCCUAGAAAUUGACUGUGGCAGCUUGAUUUUGAGAGCACGCAGAGUUUGUUCACCCCUAUCUUUUGGUCUUUCUUUCCCAAAAUCAUUGCCCCCACCAUAU